GCAGUGAGCAUAAGGAAGGCAGCCUGUCAGAAUAUGUGCUGAUCCUCCCCCUUCCUAAUCAUAGCUUUUACUCACAGACAAAACUCCCUCCCUCUCUCAUUCACUCACUCACUUUAGGCCAAUCCGUCCUCCUCUCUCUCUCCCUCUCUCUUUCUCAUUCUCUCUCUCUCUCUCUCUCUCUCUUUUCUCAGUGUUUCUCUCUCCCACUCUGAGACAGAGUCAGAACUCCUCUCACUGACAGUCACAAACAUCUAUAGCACUUACUGAAUUCAGAGAGGGAACCUGCAAACAAAACUUCACAGAAAACUUUUUGUUCUUGUUCCAGAGAAUUUGCUGAAGAGGAAGAAAGGAAGAAGAAGAAGAAGGAAGGGAGGGGGACAGACACAAGCAAACUGUGUGUGAAGUGGUGGGGGGGAGAAGAAAAGCAGUGCCUUUUAAAAAGGAAUCACAACAACUUUUGCUGCCAGGAUGCCUUUGUUUCAGAAGAGAGGAUUUUUGUUGGUGCUUUGCUGGAUUACAGUGAGGAGUUCCCCGACCCCAGGAUCUGAGGGGCACAGUUCAGUCACCGAUUGUCCAUCAUGUGCCCUUGCCACGCUCUCAAAGGAUGUGCCCAGCUCUCAGCCUGAGAUGGUGGAAGCAGUGAAGAAGCACAUUCUGAACAUGUUGCAUUUGAGGGACAGACCCAACAUCACUCAGUCGGUGCCCAAAGCUGCACUUUUUAACGCCAUCAAGAAACUCCAUGUGGGGAAAGUGAGAGAGGAUGGCUUUGUGGAAAUAGAGGAUGACAUUGGAAGAAAAACAGAAAUGAAUGAACUUGUGGAGCAAACUUCAGAGAUCAUAACGUUUGCAGAAUCAGGUGGGUGCUGUGGCAGGGGGUGGGAACUCAACUUGAAUAGGUCUCAGUCAGAAUUGCAAUUAACUUCGCUUUUCUUUGCAACAGUAAUACUCUUUGUGAGGUUACAGGUUGAGAGAAGGGAGAGAGUGAAAGCAUGAAGGGAUUUGGGUCUCUAGAAUUUAGCCUUGGUUUCAGAUGCAUUGAUUACACUUAUGAAAUGCAGCCAGCCAGCGAGGAGGGAACUAUAUACCAAUCCUAGGCUGAAAUUUUGAGUAAGUGGGUUUGUCUCCCUGGUACAUUUGUGAAAAGAACAGAUAAACAGUAGACUAUUGAGGGUGAUGAUUGAAAAUGAAAAACAGAGACAGGAACAGACAAAUAGGGCAGGCACUGUGAAAUACUCUGGGCAAAGGAAGACAGCUAAAAUCAGUUUUCAAACCCACUCACUGUAAAACCUGUGAAUUUGAGAAUAUGUAUGUUUAAUGGUACUCAGUCAACAGCAAAUAUUCAGGGCAGCAACAGUGUUAACAGCUACUGUCAGAAAACCUCAAUAGUAACUGGGACAAAUAGUUGUGGAUGAACCCAAUUGUAAAGCUGACAUUUGCACACUGGGGGAAAGGGUAGGGGAGGAAAUAUGGUAUUUCUGAGAGCUCCUUUCCAAAGAAUGCAACAUUGAUAAGGUGCAUUUUUAAAAGAAAAGGCAUUGUCAUAUCGAUUCUCCGAUCAUACCUAUGACAGGGUACAUAGAGAAUUACUUACUUCACCAUUAAACAGUAAGCGUAUGCAUGUGACUGAUGCUUUCUAUAUGUGUAUUAUGCUAAAUGUUAACCCUGGUGCUUAACAUGUAUGUGUGUUUGUGCAUGCGUGUGUGUGCAUAUUCAGAUUUACCUGUCUAUGCCAAUAGUUAUUUAAUCCACAUAGGUUUAAAACGGCUACUGAAAACUUUCCAGAAAUUAAUUGUGUUGCCUAGUUAAAGCAUUUUCCCCCUGUUGCCAAGACAGCUUGCAAGGAAUGUCAUUGUUUUGCUUGGUACAGCAUAUGGUAGGCAAAGUAUGCACAGGCACACUGAGCAUUUUUGUUUAAAAGUUUGCUGCAGCAAUAUAAACAAUUAAGACAACUCUCAGAGUUUCCAGUCCUGAAAACCUGUUGACUCAGAUGUUCUGUUUGCAUAAAAAGACAUGCAGAGAAUCAUGCGUGGUUUUAAGAGCAGAUAUUCCUGCUGCUAGCUGCAUGAGUUCCAACUAUACAAGAAGCCCUGGUGGUUGGUGUCCUUGUAAAUCUUAUCAUACCAGUUGUUUGUCUGGUAGGGGAAUAAUAAUAACGAUGAUGAUGAUGAUGAUGAUGAUGAAGAAAAGCACACUCUCCUUUUCAAAAGAUGAGUAGAAUGUCUCAGUGCCUGUGAUCAUGUGGAGGUACUCAAUGAAGGAGUGAACAUUCAGAAGCAAAGAAAUUGCUAGCCCAUCUGAUGGACAGAUUUUGCAUCCAGUUUACCGCAGCACCAGGCUGAGGGGAAAGACACAUGGAAUGAACUGUGGUUUUGAGGCACUGUGUGAGUUCCAGUAGUUUGCACUGUAUCUGCUUAAACCAGGCUCCAAAGGCAACAGUGACACGCUUUAACAGCGACACCCACUCCAAUUGGCUUACAGAGUCACAUGAUUAAUAUUAGCUGUGCCAUUGCCCAGAAAGUGUCCAAUAGUCCAGCUACUCAUUUUCCCCCCAUCUGCAAGCUACCAAACAGUCAAACUACUCCAGCUUGUAUUUUGAGGAAGCAUUGGUAUUGGCAACUACAUUAAUUUCACACUCUUCUUGCUGCCAGUAGAGCACACCAGGGGUCAGUAUAUUUUGGCCAUUUCUGCCCCAUUUAUAUAUCUGCUCCAGCCCCCCGGAAGCAUUUUUCUGUGUAUGUUUCACAAAAUAUUAAAUUAUAUUUUUCCUUCUCAUCUCAUUCUCCCUGCCAAUUUCUUUGAAACACUGAGAUAUUAAUGCUAAGGGAGAUGUUGUGGGACUUGCUGGGAAAAAGAAUUUUACAUAAAACCUAGACUACUAUUCAGUGAUUCAGUCAUACAGUGGCCCAUAUGGGCUUAAGCCAGUAUCUCGAGGUCACGAUUGCUGGUUGUAUAUUAUUCCAUAACUAGGUCAACUAUUCAGUCUUUUUCUCAGCCACUAUCCACAGUUCUUCCCUUCCUGAGGGUGGGUGUCCAAUACUAAAAUAGUGCUGGUGUCUUCUGAUCACUCCUGUGGAAGUGACAGGAAAAUCUAGCCGUCCGCCUAAUGUCAAGGAAGAGGUCUGCAAGGGCAGGGAUCUGUUGGGGAUCAUGAGUGGUCAAAACCAAAUCUGUGGUGUGUUCCAACUGUGUUUGAGUUGAAUGGUAUACUGUGGGAAAUAUUAUUCCUCAGUAGCAUUUUACUCGUGUCGCGGUUCCUCAAGCAACCACUGUCUGAAAGGGAGGCAGUAGAGAAUCAAUGGAAGUGAAUGGCAACAUGUUCUGAAGUUUUGUCAACUGAUGAAAAUAGAAGUAGUCUAAAGUGCUCUAAUUUAACUGUCCCAUCACUCCCAGGAAGUAUGCAGCAGUUGCACUACUGAUGUUAGAAGAAUAAUUUCAUCUUUUAUAUUUAGGUAUCUUCCAAGAUGCCAUAUACAAAUCUGACAAAUGACAGGCACAUGUGCACAGCUUUCAAUUUGCCCUUUUGGACUAGCACAGAUUAAACAGGAGAACGUUCUAGAUUAGAAGAUGCGGGGAACACGAGGGCCAAAGGUGAAUAUACUGACUCCGUCCCAAAACACAGGGGUUGUCUGCUCCAGGUGAUCAAGAAAAUUGUGAAAAGGUGCCACUCACAUUCCAGGCCUUUGUGGAAACGAAUGACUUCAAAUGUGGACAAGACGUUUUCCCUGUGCCAGGGAAAAUGGGUUCUAGUGAGAUAUUCAAGUUAUAAUGUUUAUAAUAACACAGUUAACAAAAAGGAGUUGAAUUUUUAAAAUAAAUUUCCAUUAGUAAGGCAAAAAAACAUUUCUGCAUCAGUUAUGCAGUAAGUUAACUGUGGUAAAUCAGAGGUAUAACUUUGGCAUUUUGGGGAAAAUAAUAAAUACUAUUUGCUGAAAAUAAUCAAUAAUGGUUUGUUGAUACAGCAGCCAAUUAUAAAUUAAUUUUGUUGGCCCCUGUUUAGCCAAUGUUAGCAGUCCAGUCACCACCUACAUUUGCCAGUGGGGUUGCUCGGAGUAGGUGACAUUGACAUUCCAGUGACUGUGAUCAGUGGUUAGACAAGAAUUAAUAGAAAUUGUGAUCCAGGCUUUUAUCGGUUAUAGCCUGAAGCUGAGCAGGGUUUCUCAGAAAUAAGUUCCAUUCAUUUUAGUAGUACCUGAAACCCAGUAAAAAUAAACAGGACUGCAGUCUGUGUUACAUAUCUUUUUAAAGAUUUGAUAGCAAAAGGGGGGGAGUAGAUACAUCUUUUAAACGAAUUAAAUGAAAAGUACUGGAAGUGGGAGAAAGAGAAUAGUUAAUUUUAAGUCUUUAGAACGAAGGUUUCAUUCAUUUUUAAAAUGAUCUGUUUUUCUGGGGGUUCAGUUUUUUAAAAUUCUGAAUAGAAAAUCAAAUAGCCACUAGAGGGCAUACUCCAAAGGCUUUUCCCCAUCAACUUCAUGCUACCUAUAAAAUUCUUUUACCCAAUUGGCUCUGCAACAUAAAGACUCUGGUGCUUCUCUGUAGCUCAUCUGACAAUCUUAUUUCCCGCACAAAGCAUAAAAAGCACCAGAAUGAAGUUCACUUCAGGGAGAAUGUGAUAUAAUGAAACAGAGCAAAGAGAAAGAGAGAGAAGAUAAAGUUGAUAGGCCCAGAGACUAAAAUAUAAGAUAUUUAUUAAGGUCACAGUAGUGUGUUUUUGACAAGACACUGAGAAAUCUAUUUAUGAUUUAUAGGCUGGGCUGGCUGGUUGCUGUUGUUGUCAUUAUUACGUUUCUAAAAUGGUCCUCCUUUGCUUUACAACCUGGAAUCUUUUGAACACCAAAUUUAUUUUCUUUUGCUGCAAGGAAUAAAUCCACUUCCAGUGAAUCUGCUUGAAAGAAAUUUAAUUGGCACCCAGUUGUGAAUCUACCUAAUUGAAAUAUAAUUGGAAACCAGUUGUUUCCCCUUUGAAACUUUUUAAAUCUGAGAGAGAUAGGAAAUACAUUGGUGAAUGGGGCCGUGGGAGGGUAGCAUGCAAGUACGAAGUUCCCCUAGGAGGAAUGUGCCAGGGCAUGCCCUCGAGAGCGUAUGUGCAUGUCUCUGAGCCCACAUAGAUGGGAGCAUGUCAUUGCAGGGAUACAUAGGAAAUGGUGGGUGCUUGGAAUCGCUUGGAAAGGCCAAGAGCAUUUUUUUUCCUUCGGGGGGGGAGGCAUUUAGGAGUUUUGCCUCACUCUUGACAUCUACUUCAAUGCCUGCAUAUAGACUGGGGAGGUGUUUCCCUCUAGUGAACUUGGCAGCUCCAAAACAAAGACUAUGUUUUUGUUUUUAAAACCAGGUGAUCCCUUCAACCAUCUGCCAUCCCUAGCAUGGCGUACUCAGUUCAUCUAAACUGUUAGCUUAUGACAGAGCAAUUGUGAUCCUGACUAGAGGUCAAGGUCAUUCUUCUGUGUCCUGUUGCCCUCUUCCACAAUCCUCAGUUGGCUUCUCCGAAGGCAGAACACCUGAGUUGCAGGAAGUAGCGAUAAAACCAGUACUGCUGCUAUUGCUGCCACCCUCCACACAGUCUUUCUCCUAUGCUUCUAAGUGUCUGAGGCUUGGCCCCAGAGUCACACGACCUUCCUUGUUGCAUUGCAGAUUUGGAUGUGCUAGGAUGUUAACUUCAGGUGUCUACUGCUGCUUCUUGGGCCCUGCUGCUUUCUUCAACUUCCAGAUCUUGAGAAAGCCCCAGCACAUUAAGAAGGGAAAUUUCACUGUGGGUAAUCACCACCCCGUGAUAUUGCUUUGAUGCUAUAAUGCAUGUGUGUCAAGGGUGAGGCGGCAGCAGCAGCCACUGAAGGAAAAUGGGUAGACAAAGGCAGCAUGAGAGACUGGGAAACAGACAGAGGUAUGGCAGGGGCUAGCAGACCACCUUUGAGAAGAAAUAGGGCUCUAAAUAAAUGCAUUAGCGUACGCACGAUUGGGUGUGUGACUGUGGCUUAAGGCUCACACAUCUUCUAUCUAUCUGUGCAACAAUGUUAAACCAGCCUCUGUGUGAAGUUGGCACGCGCACACACAAGUUUGUAAAUGUUUUUAUUCUGGAUGUGUGUCCACACAUUCAAAGCAGAGAUGGGUGGUGCUGAAGCAAUGGAGAUCUGUAUUGACUAAUAUGGGGGCAAUUCCAACCCAUUUAAAAGCCAUUUCAACUCUUUUUAUUCACUACAGUGAGUUCACGAUAGUCUUCCAAUAAGGCUGCCGUUACUGAAACCUCAGUUGCCAUGGUGGUGGCAGAGAACCAAUGGAGGCAAGGCAGCGGGUGGAGGCCAAACCUGGAGCCCAGCGUUGCACGUGUGCCGCUGGGCGCUCACAGUCUGGGACCAGUGGAACCUUGCUUCCAAGUGAACAUGCAGAGAGCUGUGCUGUUAGUCUCAUUAACUUCAGUGGGUUGGAACUAGAGAUUUGUUGAGUGGAAUUUUGCCAGUGGACAGUUGAAGGACCCCCAUCCAGGAACAGUAUGGAAGGUGGGUGAAGGAAGCUGCAGGAGGAAGGAGAAAAUUGACAAAAUUCCCUCCCCUUCUGCUUCCACGAGUGAGAGCCUUCAUUGACUCACCAGUCUGCCUGCAAAUGAAAAUAAUGCUUUCAUUCGCAGAAGAACUGCUCUAGAUCCCAGACAGACAGACUUAAAUAAGAGGAACUUUUUUAAAUUGGGCCCCAAAACCAUCUCUGGUAGUGAUGGAAGUGUCAUGUGAAUCUCUUGUGUAAGCAGCGUAAAAGGUCACAGCCGACAGCUUUUGUUGUUGCUGCUGUGAUGCAAAUUAUGUGGCAUGCCCGUUCCACUUCCCUGCUGCAGUCUCCUGUCUCCUGUAAAAUGAACCACAACCAAGACUUAAGCAUUUGCCUUUCUUUUGCAAGAUAAAAGAAGGAACGAGAACAAUAUUUAGGUAGCUUGUCUGGAAGGAUGAGAGAACUCUUAGGUACUUCAGGAUAGGACAAGAUGGGGAGAAUGGGCAACGAGAGGCGUUUUGUUAUGCAGCUGCUUUCUGAAGACAGAAUUUAUGCUUAAUGAGAAACCGCAAAAAGCACAAACUAUGUUUCAGUCCUAGUUUCAAGUUCUUUAACGAUGGCUCUGCUCUGCCUUCCAAAUACAGUGGUACCUCGGGUUAAGUACUUAAUUCGUUCCGGAGGCCCGAUCUUAACCUGAAACUGUUCUUAACCUGAGGUACCACUUUAGCUAAUGGGGCCUCCUGCUGCCGCUGCACGAUUUCUGUUCUCAUCCUGAAGCAGAGUUCUUAACCCAAGGUACUAUUUCUGGGUUAGAAGAGUCUGUAACCUGAAGCGUAUGUAACCCGAGGUACCACUGUAUACUUAUCUCCUUGGCUCUGGGGGUCACAUAACUCCAUACUUUCCAGCAUUUCUCUGGCGAAAACAGGGACGUCUUAAGACAUUCUGGCAUCAAAUAAGAAAUUGGGAUGGCUUCUGUCAAUCUGGGACCAUCCCUGGAAAAUAGGGGCACUUGGAGGGUCUGCAAGAGCACUUUCUCCCCUGAGAGUCCUAGAAACUGGUGUUCAGAAGCAUUAUGCCUCUUGUAAAGCAAAGUUCUUAACCCGAGGUUCUAUUUCUGGGUUAGCAGAGUCUGUAACCUGAAGCGUAUGUAACCUGAACCAUUUGUAACCUGAGGUACCAUUGUAUCAGCUGCUGGAACCCCAACAAAGGGGAGAGAUGGUCAUGUGUUCAUGUUCUGCUCCCUGCUUUGCCACAGGCAUCUGGUCGGCCUCUGUGGGAACAGGAUGCUGGACUAGACGGGCCUUUGGCCUGAUCCACCAGCCUCUUCUUAGGUUUACUUUGCCAUUGUGCUUUUAGCUUCCCCGUUGGCAAGCUGUUGCUUAAUAUUUUAAGCAGCUUUAGGGCAGAGGAUGUUUAAAUGUUGGUAGAAUCAUUCAAGUUUUGGGGUGUAGAAUAACUCCUAUAACCCCGUACAAGAAAUUAUGCAUAUUAACUAACUGAUCAUACCUAGAAGUUAUUUGAGUCUACCAUACAUGCCUUUAUAUCAUGCAUCUUCAGAACCAUGUAUGCUAAUGGAGUUUAGCUCCCAGGAAUAUGAGAUAAGUCAAAUGUCUGUGUAAGAUCAGAAAUGUUCAUGUCACACCAGACACUAGCCUAUUUGCAUUAUCACGCAGCAUGUGGCAUGGAAACCGAGUGUGCAUAGUGGGUUUCCAAUGUUAUUUUUUUCUUUGUCAAACUCUAGCAUGAUUAGGAAUGCCACUCAGAGUGGGAUCUUGUAGAUGGAGAAUGGGACAUGCCUAUCAGUUGCUCCCAUUGAAUCCAAUGGGAUCUAUGGGUUGCAGUUGACAACAGUGUUGGGAAAGUGAAAAUCUAUUCCCUAAUAAAAUCAGAGUCAUCCAGGGCAGGAGGAAGGUUUACUUAUGGUUUACUUAUGAGAAGUGGGCAACUGUCCAUUUGAGUUUCUUGCAGCUUCUCAUUUUUCCACUCUUAUGUUCAGUUUGCUCCAUUUUCACAUCAAUCUGACAUAUUAAAAAGGUAAAGGUACCCCUGCCCGUACGGGCCAGUCUUGCCAGACUCUAGGGUUGUGCGCUCAUCUCACUCUAUAGGCCGGGAGCCAGCGCUGUCCGCAGACACUUCCGGGUCACGUGGCCAGCGUGACAAGCUGCAUCUGGCGAGCCAGCGCAGCACACGGAACGCCGUUUACCUUCCCGCUGGUAAGCGGUACCUAUUUAUCUACUUGCACUUAAGGGUGCUUUCGAACUGCUAGGUGGGCAGGAGCUGGGACCGAACGACGGGAGCUCACCCCGCCGCGGGGAUUCGAACCGCCGACCAUACGAUCGGCAAGUCCUAGGUGCUGAGGUUUUACCCACAGCGCCACCCACGUAUAAUAUUAUUAUAUUAGUGUAUAUGUCUGCAAAUAUAUACAUUUUAUAUGCAUUUUUUUUGCUAAUAUACACAUUAAUGCAAGCAAUUUCCCCCACUAUAAUUGUGUUUGCAUUUUCACUAAUAUAAGCAUUUUUAUCCAGGCUCUCCCCUAAUAAAUGCUUUUUUUUGGUAAACAUUUUUGGUUGGAGAAGUGUGAAUUUGAUUUGCUUUGGUUUGCUUAUUGUCCUGGGAAGUGUGUAUUAGGUAAAGUCAUAUUAAAAUGCAAUCCACACAGAAUUCAUCCACCAAUAAUAAUAAUAAUAAUAAUAAUAAUAAUAAUAAUUUUAUUAUGAUACCCUGCCCAUCUGGCUGGGUUGCCCCAGCCACUCUGGGUGGCUUCCAACACACAAUGAUCAUGAGGAAUUGGACAUACAUUGUGACUAAGCUACCAUUUAGCCCUAUGAGAAAGAAGAUUAAGGGCUGAACUUGGGGACAACAUCACCAUUGUAAGAAUAAACUUGCCCUCUGGUGUGUGGCUGUGUGACACUGACAGUCCUUGCAAAGAAUCUGCAAUAAAUGUUUAGUUAAUGGUACGGAUAACAUGCUGCAUUCAGAAAGGGCCAUUCCUGGCCAAGUGUUUUGAACUAGCCAUUUCUCAGCAGCUCCUGUUCUAUUAUAAGAAACUAUAUUAUAAAUCACACACAUUUCAUUGUCACCUGCGGAAUGAGAUAAGGAGCAAAGAGGAGGGUGCCUUUGAAUGCAUUUGCCCUAUUUACAUAGUGCAUGCACGUGCAGGUGUGUGUGUAUUUAUUAACCAGUCAGUCUGAUGUUUAAUGUCUGCCACUAUUGUCCAUUACAAUACAACUAAGAAAAGCAAACCAAGAUAAUCCAAUAAUAGAUUAAAACAAAACAAAAAAGAUUUCAGAAACAAAUAUAGAUAGUUCAAGUGUGGGGAACCUUUGGCCCUCCAGAUGUUGCUGAACUAAAACUUACAUAGUCCUAAUGAUGGGCCAUACUUGCUGGGCCUUGUGGGAGCUGCAGUUAAGACACAUCUGGCAGGCCAAAGGUUCCCCACAAAGAUAGAAAACGGCUGUAAACACAGCCCAAAAGCAAGCUACUGUAAAACCAACAGCUUACCUCAUUUUGGGGGGGGGGGGUAUUUGCUUACAGUGCAAAAUGGAACAACUUAAAACAGACGUGAAUAAUUACAAAAUUUAAGUAGCAAGGCGUUUUUACACUGAAUAGUUUUUCCAUUGGCAAAUUUAAGAAACAUACAUAAAAGGGUAAACUCUACCAUCACAGUAGAAAACAGAAUUACAGUGGUGCCCCGCAAGACGAAUGCCUCGCAAGACGAAAAACUCGCUAGACGAAAGGGUUUUGCGUUUUUUGAGUCGUUCCGCAAGACGAAUUUCCCUAUGGGCUUGCUUCGCAAGACGAAACGUCUUGCGAGUUCUUGCGAGUUUGUUUCCUUUUUCUUAAAGCCGCUAAUAGCCGCUAAGCCGUUAAUAGCCGCUAAGCCGCUAAUAGCCGUGCUUCGCAAGACGAAAAAACCGCAAGACGAAGAGACUCGCGGAACGGAUUAAUUUCGUCUUGCGAGGCACCACUGUACUUCUGUUUGGAAAAAAGACUGUUAUAAUUUAAACCCUUGAACUGUUUUUAAGUGUAUUAGAUGCUAUUUUGUUGCCUUAUAAUUUCCAUCCUCAUUUUUCUAAACAACUGAGACCAAACUGAGAAAGUAAAUUCAUACUUCUACAUUAAGUAGCUGAGAAAAGUCACCAGGAGAUAUGGGUCGCAUUGUCAUUAAUAUGCACAUAAAAAACACAGGUCUGUCAUUUCUUUCCUCCGGCAAACAGCCUUCCCAGGCAGGCAGUGGAAAUCCUGGACAGGUGUCUGGGAGCUGGAGCAGUUUUGGGAUGGAUGCAGCUGAAUAAGCUUAAACUGAAUCCUGAUAAGAUGGAGGUGCUGCAAAUUAGGAAGCCAUCUGAUGGGGCUGGAAGUACAUUGCCAACUGUGGGUUGGACUGCAUUCCUCCAGUAAAGGCCAAGUUUGUAGUCUGCUGGAUCUGAUACUAGUGGGGAAUUGCAGGUGGAGCUGAUGCCAAGGAGAGUUUUAUACCACCUAAACCUAGAAUAGAACCUGUGACUUUAUAUCAGUCAAACCUAGUUGUGGUUACCCAUGGACUAGUUACACCUAAACUUGACUACUCUGCAUGGGAUUGACUUUGAAGAUGGUUUGGAUACCUCAGUUGGUGCAAAAUGAAGCUGCAUGAAUGAGGGCCAGGAAUUCCAAGCACAUGAUACCAAUUUGCAGCAGUUUCACUGGUUACUAGUGUAUCUCUGAGCUUAAGUCUAGGUGCUUGUGUAAACUUGGAAAGCCUAAAUGGUUUGUAGCUGGCUUAUCUCAAGGGCCAUCUUCCUGUUUGUUUUUUAAGAUUAACUACCAAGACCGUCCUCAAGUGCCCACAAGUUUGGUUUAUGAGGUUGAUGCACACAAUGGAUAGGGUGGGAUGGGGGGUGGCCCCAUGGUUGGGGAACUUCCAUCCUAUGAAACUAUGAAAACCCCCAUCAGUGCAGGCCUUCAGAAGUGCCUUGAAGACUCAUUUGUUUCAAUGUUUUUAAGCCAUUGAUUUGGAACUUGUGAUUCUAGAUUCUAUGUUGUUCUUUAAUGUUGUCAUUUAAUGUGGGACACACAUUACAUAUUGAUGACAUUUGUGGCUUUGGCUGUAUCUGAUCCUUUGGACUACAGACAGUUAGGGAAAUGGCAAGGUCUUAAUCAUGCUCUCUGCCCCAAGCAAACUGACCAAUAUAUUAGCUUGCCCGCUGGUGCAUUAGAAAGCCUACUACUAAACAUUUAUAUAUUGCUUUUGUUGACUUGGCUGUAGCUUUUGAGUCAGUUGACAAAACUGGUUUUGGCAUAAAUUAGUCGAUAUUAAUAUUGUCAAGAGUGUUUUGUGCUUGCCCCAAGAAGUCCAUAAAAACAUGCCUUCCAGAAUAAGAGUGGGGAUUUCCAGUGACACGGUUGCAAUAAACUGAAGGUUGAAACAAUGGUGUCCUCUAGAAUCUUUAUCUUAGUACUGCACUUGUGAGAUUACCAAACAGGCUAAAGAAAUGCAUAUGAUUGUCACACCCAUAAAUAAAUUUGUGAAGCAAAGAUUCACGAGUGGAACUGUGCAUGUAAACUGAUAAAUAUAUAGUUAAAUGUGAUGAUCCUAUUGUUUUAGCUGAACAUGAAAAUUCCUGUGCAUUCAGCUGUGCACUUCUUACCUGAAAGCACUCUCAGAAUGCUGGUCACUGCGUGACUUAGGUACUAGGUGUGCAAAAAAAUCCACCUACAAAUUUAAGGAUUUCCUUGGCCUAGGCCAAGAUCUACAUGACAUCAAUCUAUGACCCAGAAGGAAGGGUGAAAUACAAUGUUGUACAUGUAAGGGCUUGCAAAUGGUGUGUUGAAUUAUGCAUGGCUAGGUGCUUUUCCCAAGCUCAGUGUCUUGUCUUACUGGCCCCCUAUAUAUAUAUACCCAAUGACAAUGACAGCAAGGGGGGGGCAGAAAAAUCAAACCUACUGUUUUAGCUUAGGCAAUGUUAGAGCAUCACAGUGUCAUUUAAAUUUCAGAAUAGAAAUUAUUCUGUCAUUGCUAAUUAGUUUUCCCCAUCUCUAUAUCUUUCCCAUUGUAGGUCCUGCCAAGAAAAUGCUGCACUUUGAAAUUUCCAAGGAAGGCAGCGAGCUAUCAGUAGUGGCUCAAGCUGAUGUGUGGCUGUUUCUCAAAGUCUCUAAAGCAAAUCGAAGCAGGACAAAAGUCACCAUCCGCCUAUAUCAGCAGCAGAGACUGCUGCUAAAACGCAACUCCCAAGGGGUGGACGAGGAUGGAGGUUUGAAGGGAGAAAAAGGCGAAAUCCUCAUCUCUGAAAAAGCAGUGGACACUCGCAAAAGUACCUGGCACAUUUUCCCAGUCUCCAGCAGCGUCCAGCACCUCCUGGAUCAAGGAAAGAAUUCCCUGGAUGUGCGGAUCGCUUGUGAUCAGUGCCAAGAAACUGGAGCCAGCCUGGUGCUGUUGGGAAAGAGGAAAAAAAAGGAAGAAGAUGCAGAAGGGAGGGAAGGUAGUGAAAGCACGGGAGAAGAGGAGAAGGAACAAUCCCACAGGCCUUUCCUGAUGAUGCUUGCCAGACAUUCAGAGGAUCGCCAGCACAGACGGCGGAGGCGGGGUCUUGAGUGCGAUGGCAAAGUCAACAUCUGCUGCAAGAAGCACUUCUUUGUUAGCUUCAAAGACAUUGGCUGGAAUGACUGGAUCAUCGCCCCACCAGGCUACCACGCCAACUACUGUGAAGGAGACUGCCCCAGUCAUAUUGCAGGAACAUCUGGUUCAACGCUCUCUUUCCACUCCACUGUUAUCAACCACUACCGCAUGAGAGGCCACAGUCCUUUCUCCAACCUCAAGUCCUGUUGUGUACCCACCAAGCUGCGGCCCAUGUCUAUGCUCUACUAUGAUGAUGGGCAGAAUAUAAUAAAAAAGGACAUCCAGAACAUGAUUGUGGAAGAGUGUGGGUGUUCAUAGGUGUGUGUGCGCAAGUGACACACCCAUGCUCACAUACAUGUUUGGGACUGCCUUUCUACCAAUUUGAAGAAGACCAUUAAAAAAUACAACGUAUGAGGGAAGACCAAGUGGGUCUAGCCUUUCCAAACAAAACAGUCACAUUUCUAAAACAGAAGCAUUCAGUGUUCAAAAAAUAGCAAGAGAGACAGACAAAGGAAAGAAGAAUGGCGUUGUUCUCCAGGGCUUGGAUGAGGAACAUUCAAAUGGUGCGGGCAAGGGCAUUUCCUAUCUUAUAUGCUCCAUAUUUUAUUACGUAGUAUUUUCACACUUUAUCAACAACAAGGGGAGGUAUGUUUCCCUUCCCUGUAUUACCUAUGCAUUCAAGCCCUGACAGCAGCUUGCCUACAAAAUGCAGCAAUUUGGAUGCUAAGUCCAAAAUGGUAUUAAAAUGCCCAGAAAAGCCAUGUGUAUGAACACUACAUUCACUGGCACUUUUUGCUCCCAUCCGUUUACCAAGGACGCAGUGAGUGUGCGUGUGUGCGUGUGCGUGUGUGUGUGCAGGUUUCUUCUGGCAUAUGCAUGCACAGAGCACACUUGUGUAUAUAUUUUGGUAAAAGGGGACAAUAAUGCGCAGGUGUACUCACCUUUAUCUUCUGCACUAUUUUUGCAAAAAAA